GUGCAGUGUGCACUGUGCAUCGCAGUCGCUGUAGUAGUGGUGUGUAGUCGUCGCUGCCAACCGGCCGAGUGCGUCCCAAAACACGACACGACGCCGCCGCCGUCCGUCGUUUCUUUAUUCACGCGAUACGAGUUCGCGCGCGUAUAAAACAAUACAUUAUGGGCACCGAGUGCGACCGGCUUCAACGCUGAGACGCGGGGCAAUAAUAUAUUAUAAUAUAAUAUUACGGACGUCCGUUUUUGUUUGACCGUCAUCGGGACACUCUCUCCGCAGAGAUAUCGGUCCGGGUUGGUUAUAGCCGCGUCGCGACCGGGCAAUAAUCACACGCCGUUAUCGCUCGCUCGCUCGCCCGCCCGCCGCCCACGACGGCACCCGGCCGACGACGCUGUCAUGACUCAUGGUGUUGCCAGCAAACGUCCGGACGAAACAUGGACACUGCUUCCGACAUAAGUCAGAUUGAUAGUGAAAUAAUCAGAUUAAAAAACGAACUUUCAAGAACGAAAAAUGCAUUGACCAGUCAAAUUAUCAAAAGACAUCAGCUAGCGGCAGAACUGUCACUGAAAGUUGACAAAAAAAACAAUCAGCUAAAAGAAUUUCAACGUUCAAAUUUCAAUGAUUUAGGCAGAAUUUUGAGGUCACUGUAUGUGUUCGAGUCUAAAUUGAGAAAAGAACAACAGCAGAUUAGACGGCAACUAGGAGAGAGAGACUCGGUGAUAAGGCAACAACAAAUAGAAAUUGCAAAAUUGAAACAGAGUUUAGCGCAGUAUUGUCAUAAAAAUAAGACAUGUGUGGACACUGAAAUUUCGAUUUCAAAGCCCGACUUGAUCACAUCUAUCUCGUCACAAUCAGAUUUAAAUGAACCUAUAAAAAAUAACGAUGGAAAUUCUUCCAGUUCAGAAAAACUCAUAGUAAUACCACCAAAAUUGGAAGUACCGAGGAAAAAUGUCUUACCAGUCGACACGCUGACUAAAAAAAAUUCAAACAACAAUAUAAACUUUAACAAGAACGUGUACAGUAAAACCGUUACAGACUUAUCUCUCAAUGACAUAUCGUCGUUUCCAAACCCAACGCCCAAUAACAAUUUAUUUGUUGUGUCUAACUCUAUUUUCUCGAAAAACGAGUUUACAUAUAACGAAGUCUCUAAAGAGGUGAUAACUUCGGUGAAACAAAACGGCAAGGUGAUAACGUCUGCACUGAAGAAGGCGGAUAAGUACCCGUCGCCAAAGACCGUACACUUCGGCAAGACGACUCAUAUACCCGAGCCCGAUGAAGAUGGACAGACGGACAUCGUGAAAACAGUUGAGACGUUAUUGCUGCAGCAAUGCGGUGAUUCGACCGAAUCAGAGAACGACACGUCAAGCACAGCGUCUACGGAAACGUCGCCCAGCGUGUCGCAGAUGGUCCGGAAGUUUGAGAGCAUAUGCACCACGGCUUCCACAACUUCCAGUUUGGCAACGGCGUCAGAGUCACGCGGCACGGACCACAGCGGUGGCAGUGUAGUCAGUGGUAGGAGGUCACCGACUUUGAUCGACAGCCAUGGUGGAAAUGACGGGAGUUAUAUCGCGGAUGCCGACCUGAGGACGGCUGCCGAGCUGAACGUGAGGACCGACUCGGAACCGGACAUUUGCAGCGGUGGCUGCACGGUGUCCUUAAGCGAUUUGGAUCCGCGGAACAACUUCGAAGAGUUCCGGUUUGAGGACAGUGACCUGGACAAGGAAUACGGUUGUGGCCGAUCCGAAGCGGACGGGAUCGAAUAUCCGUCCGGUGGUGGUCGACACGGUUCGUCGUCCGUUGCAGCGGCGGUCACGGCGGCGGCGGCGGUCCUGCUGCGGUCGGCUGGGGACGAUAGUACGUGUUGUGCCGGCCAGGUCAACUACGAAUCGUUCCUGGAGGUGACCGGCCUCAGCCAGAAGUCCAUCAUCACCGUGCAACCAAACAGAAACGCAUACGGAUCGCACAGAAACGUGCAGAAACCCAAGGACGUGAAGAGCAGGAGCAGAGCCAAGUCGGCGUCGUUUGACUGCAAGUCUGCGUAUCCGGCCGCCGUCAAAUACUGGACGGAACCCUAUCUUUAAGGCGGCUGUCAUUAUAAAUAUAGUUACCUUCCUAUUUAAUUUAUUUACUUGCACAUACCUAUAGUACUAAGUAAUUGAAUGUUUUAAUUUUUUAAUUUUUAUCGUGUUGAGAGAAUAUUUAAAUUUAUUUAUAUGCGUUGUUUAUCGAUAUUGGACUUUUAUUACAUGAUCAUUGUUGCGCAUAAAUUUGUGCAUUGUGACCUGAUCGAAAUAUUACAUUAUAAUUAUUAUUAUGUUUAAGUUUAACU